AUGCGCACCGGGGCAGCCUCCAGGUGUGCGGGUCAUGCCUGCAGUCCGCCCCUCGGGAACCUGGCCAGCGGCCGGACUCUGACCACCCUCACAGGCUGCUACGGAGACGACCGCCCCCUGCAGCGGCCAUGCCCCUCCCGCCACCAAGGGGCCCUCGAGAGCCCAGGGCCCUGCCCCGAAGACCCCCAUCCCCCCGCUCACAUGACCGACGACCCCUUCUCCCACCCGGGGACCUGGUGGGCAUCGGGCGCAGCCCGUCCCCACACUGAGCGGGAUGAGAUCCGCUUGGAUCUAGAGACCCGCUUCUGUCUGUCCCAUGUGGUCCUACGGUUCCACUCGCCGCGGCCCAGGGCCAUGGCUGUGGAGCGCUCGGGGGACUUUGGGCGAACCUGGGAGACCCUCAAACUGUUUGCCCACAACUGCAGCCUGGAGUUUGGUCUCCCGGACGAUGUCACCGAGCCCGGCGCCCCUUGUACUUCCCGCUACAGCAAAGCUACACCCUGCACUGGUGGGGAGGUGAUAGUGCGGACCUUGAGCUCCAGCAGCAUCAGGGCGACCGACCCCUACAGCCCAGAGACCCUCGCCCGGCUCAGCGUCACCAACCUCCGCGUCAGCCUCCUCAAGGCCCAGAGCUGCCCCGCCCAUCUGGACCCCCCAGAGGAGGGGGGGCGGCCGUCCAACUCAACCCGAGUUCCCACGACGACGCAGGAUCCCGUCUCGGCACCCUACUACUCCAUCUACACCCUGCUGGCCAGAGGAACCUGCCUGUGCCACGGCCACGGGGAGCACUGUGUGUCCCACAACGCCAGCCAGGCCCUGCCACGGGACAGCAACUGGGUGGCCGGGAGGUGUGUGUGCAGUCACCACACCGCGGGGGACCACUGUGAGAGGUGCUCCCCGCUCUACAACGAUCGUCCUUGGAGAUCGGCCAAUGGCAGCAGCGGAGCGCCCAACAGCUGUCAGAAGUGUGAGUGCCACGGCCAUGCGGACAGCUGCCAUCUCUCCCAGCGGGCGUGGCUGUCCUCCGAAGGCACCAGUGGGGGCGUGUGCGACGACUGCCGUCACAACACCGCGGGGCGCCGUUGUCAGCGCUGUCGUCACGGUUACCACCGCCAACCCUCCCUGCCCCUGAACUCAGCCCACGCCUGCAUACGGUGCUGGUGUGACCCUCUGGGCUCUCUGUCGCUGCAGCACAGAGACAAGGGGCCCUGGUGCAACCCCAGAAGUGGUCAGUGUACCUGUAAAGCUGGGGUGGGAGGUGUGAGAUGCAGCCAGUGCAUGCCUGGACACUGGGGCCUCGGUGCGAAGGGCUGUCAGCCCUGUGUCUGCCUCCAGGCCUGCGACCCCAACACCGGCCAGUGCCUAGACAGCUACGCAGACAAUCAGAUUGUCCACGUACCCAUUGGGGGAAGAAUCCCUGAUGGGGAGCCUAUGUUCACCCAUGAAGGGGAGGCGGUGUGGCCCAAGGACCUGGCCGUCUCCGCCCUGCGCUCCACAGGAAAGUGUGCCUGUAAGGAGAGGAAGCUGAGGAGUCUGUCUGACCUCUGUAAAGCCAAACACGACUAUGUGAUCAGGAUCAGUGUGCUGUCCGCCCAUGACAAGGGCAGCCAUGCAGAGGUGCAGGUCAAGGUUCGCAAGGUCCUGCGUUCUGGACAGGUGCCCCUGUCUCUGGGGACCCUCAGUGUCUACCCUCUCACCUGGACCAGUCGCGGCUGCACCUGUCCCAUCCUCAACCCAGGUAUGGAUUACCUUCUGGCUGGCCCAGAGGAUCCCGAGACUGGCCGAUUACUAGUCACUUUGCAGAGUGUGGUGGCACUCUGGACACCCAGACUAGGCUUGAACCUAUCAAAGGGCCUCAGGCAUGAAUGUCCAUGAGCCACAAUCCUAAACCAUAAACAAAGAUGAUGGUUGUCAAUGUGGUCAUACGGAAUCAGUGGACAAUACAAGGAUGAAUA